AUGCGAGGUUGGUGUGGGCCCUGCAAGCUGUUGGCGCCGAUUCUUCAGCGUAUCGUUGCCGAUAACAAGAAAGUUACCCUUGUUAAGAUAAAUACGGAUGAUAAUCAAGAUUUGGCCGAAAGAUAUAGGAUUACUGGACUUCCAACGGUAUAUUCAUUUCACAAGGGAAAACCUGUGGAUCAUUUCAUUGGCGUAAAAUCCGAAGGUGCAGUUAAGGAAUUCGUAGAAAAGGCAGCUGCUUCAAUUGAUAAACAUGGUUUAAAACACAAACGAAGUGAUUCAAACGGUGUUAGAAAGAAAGUACCCUUGUUAGCUAGACAAGCACCAGCUCAUACUCAUACUGCAGAGGCUUCUAAA